AUGCUGGCACAAUACUUUGCCCGCCGAGCGGUCAGCAAGCGCUCUCCUCACCUGAAGGACUUUCGCAGUUGUGGUCCAUUUCAUGGCACCAAAAUACCUAUCAUUUACCGAUCAAUUCGAAUAUAUGCAACAACCCCACCAGACGCGAAGCAGGCCAGCAACACGAAAUUACAAGUGCAAGAGACCACCCGUCAAGAGACUAUAGAAAAAGGUGAAAGCAUAAAGCCGGAAUCGUUUGAAAAGAAACAAAAUGCAGACCAAGCAAGGUCCGGAGUUCUGCUGGCCGAGCAAACAGUCUCAAAUAAAGAGCAGCGCAAGGCUGACUGGGCCAUCAUAAAGGAAAUGUCCGCGUACAUUUGGCCAAAGGAUAAUCUAGGUGCGAGAUUACGAGUCACAUCAGCUGUUGGGCUGCUCAUUGGAGCAAAGCUGCUCAAUGUUCAGAUCCCUUUUUACUUCAAGAGCAUAGUUGAUUCGAUGAACAUCGACUUCUUGGCUGUGGGAGGGACUGCGUGGACUGUUGCAGGCUCCAUAAUAUUGGCAUAUGGAGUCACUAGAAUUGGCGCCACGGUAUUCCAAGAGCUACGGAAUGCUGUAUUUGCUAGUGUUGCACAGAAGGCGAUUCGAAGAGUGGCAUGUGGUGUAUACGAGCAUCUGCUGAGAUUGGAUCUCAAUUUCCAUCUCACCAGGCAGACUGGUGGCUUGACAAGAGCCAUUGAUCGAGGCACGAAGGGCAUCAGCUUCCUCCUCACUUCUAUGGUUUUUCACGUGAUACCAACGGCGCUUGAAAUCGCUCUUGUCUGUGGUAUCUUGACGUAUCAGUACGGUCCACAAUUCGCUGCAAUUACAGCUGCAACUAUGAUAGCAUACACUGCAUUUACUAUUUCCACAACAUCGUGGAGAACCAAGUUCCGGAAACAGGCCAACGCUGCAGAUAACAAAGCUGCCACAGUUGGUGUCGACGCUUUGAUCAAUUACGAAGCCGUCAAAUACUUCAACAAUGAGAAAUAUGAGGUGUCUCGGUAUGAUGCAGCGCUACAGCAAUACGAGGGAGCCUCGAUCAAAGUCGCUACAUCUCUUGCCUUCCUCAAUUCAGGCCAGAACUUGAUUUUUUCAAGUGCUCUGACCGGUAUGAUGUAUCUUGCUGCGAAUGGUGUCGCGGAAGGCACACUGACCGUUGGUGAUCUGGUCAUGGUCAAUCAACUUCUCUUCCAGCUAUCGGUGCCCCUGAACUUCCUCGGAUCCGUCUAUCGCGAACUACGUCAGAGUCUAUUGGAUAUGGAGACCUUGUUCAAUUUACAGAAAGUAAAUAUUUCCGUCAAGGAGAAGAAGGACGCGAUGCCCUUGAAGCUCACAGGUGGUGAGAUCAAGUUCGAGAACGUAACUUUUGGCUAUCGGCAGGAUCGGCCUAUCCUUCAGAACCUGUCCCUAACUAUCCCAGCUGGAAAGAAGGUGGCCAUUGUUGGCCCGAGCGGGUGCGGCAAAUCCACCAUUCUUCGUCUUCUAUUCCGAUCCUAUGAUGUCAAGGAAGGAAAGAUUUUGGUCGACGGCCAGGACAUACGAGAUGUCGGUAUUGACAGCUUGAGAAGAGCAAUCGGCGUCGUUCCACAAGAUACACCACUGUUCAACAACACCAUUGAACACAAUAUCCGUUAUGGUAACCUCAACGCAAGUCGUGAGGAGGUUGUCGCAGCUGCAAAACGAGCAAGAGUCCACGACACGAUCGAGAAAUUCCCGGAUGCUUAUAAUACAAUGGUUGGAGAGCGCGGUAUGAUGAUAUCUGGUGGAGAGAAGCAACGUCUGGCUAUUUCCCGCAUGUUACUGAAAGACCCGCCACUGCUAUUCUUUGAUGAAGCUACAUCUGCUCUGGAUACCCAUACUGAACAGGGAAUCAUGAGCAAUAUUAACAGCAUCCUGAAGGAGAAGGAGAGAACAUCAGUAUUCAUUGCGCACAGAUUGCGCACGAUAUACGACAGCGAUCUGAUUAUUGUCCUCAAGGAUGGCAAAGUUGCAGAGAGUGGAACACAUGAGAAGUUGAUUGAUCAAGGGGGUCUGUACUCGGAGCUGUGGAGUGCGCAAGAGACCAUGUUCGUAGACGAAAGACCACCAGGAAUCUAA